AUGUCAGCAAUGUUGAAGAUGAUUCGCGACACGCUCGCUGGUAAACUGCGCCAUUCCUCGGUAAAGCUUGCUAAAGAAAUGUUUAAUGACGCUCAAGCACGUUUGGAGCCAAAGCAAGGUAACAACAUGCCUUGCGCAGUCUCAGAUAUCGAUAUCUUGAAUGAGCGCGCAACUCAGCAAGCAGACAUAGUCUAUAGGCCUCGCUAUUACCUUUCGGGGUACCGGAGCACUGCAAAGAGAUGGCGCGACGAGUGUUACGAUAAAUCUUCCGCACCUGAGCAACGCCUUGUUUCAUUUGAGGACCUCAAGAACAAGGCUUGGGCACAGCUGGGCAUAAUUGAACCCGAUGGUGACAACGACACUGACGAGACGCCUGAGAUGGACUUCCAAGUCACAUUGACAUAUACUGGAAUGGGAGUUUUCGAUAUAAAGAGAGGUCUUUGGGACAUUAACGACUUCCAGACACUGCUGCCACAAUUGGCAUCUACAGCACCGUCAGAUUGCCAUAAGCCUCUUUACAAGACAAACAAGCUACUUUUAGCAUAUAAAGUCAACCUCAUUGUCAAAUUACCGCAGAUCAUGGAUCGGGAUAUGGCUAGUAGACUUCAACUAAUGCCUGGUUUGAUAGAUGACUUGCCGUUGACGUUAGUUAACGGAAAUAAGUUGCAUGCCCAGCCACAGACGAAUAAUGCUUACCUAGUCUUGUUAGCUGUUUGGCCGAUAAGUGUUAGGAGAUAA